GCAAUCGAUUAGUAAAACAGUGUCGGGAUCAGUUUCAGUUAGUCUUCGAAAAGCAUCGGUUGACAAACAUCAUUAAUAAGAAAGCUGAGAACCUUCUCCUCUCUCACAAAUCGCAUUGAAAAGUCGAGAGAAAAAAAAGUCGAAGAAUUAAUCAAACUAAGAAUACAAAAAGUACAUUGCGAAGAAAACCAAUUCAAUUCGAAUUUGUUUACCGACCGCUUUUAAUUUUUCUUUUCGCUUCAAAUUCUUAUCGUUGAUUGAUUUGCAAUUUAGUUCAGUGCGAAUUUAAGUAUUUCGACUGUUUUUUUCUAUAUAUUUUUUUGUCCAAUUGUGUUCCGCAAAAUCGAUUUUCUUAGUGCGCGUAAUUCAUUUAUUUGAAUCGAGUUUUAUUUUUCAUUUCGUUGCAAAAAAUAAGAGACAUUUGAAGUAAAAUGGCUGAGGAAGGAGGUUUCAACUUCGACGAUUUCGAAGAAUCAGCAGACGCUGCUGCAGCUGUUCCAGACGCACCAGAAGCAAUCGCAGACGAAGCUAUGGAAGAUUUUGAUGCCGAUGCCGAUGCCGAUCCCAGUGCUGCAGUAGCAAAAGCAGCUGAUGCUUUACCCGAAGCCGAAGUGCCACCACCUGAUGAGGACGGCCCAAAGAGACCAGUCCGAUGGUACAGACAUUGGGUUCGACCAAAAUUCUUACAAUAUAGAUACAUGUACGAUUAUCGAACCAACUAUUACAAUGAUGUCAUAGAAUAUUUAGAUAAGCGUGCAAAAGGUGUCAAUUGCGAAAUACCACGAGCACAAACCUGGGCUGAACGUGUUCUACGAACCCAUACAAAUCCAUCGGUCCUAGAUUACUACAAGAACCAAAAGAAAGAAGAUAAGCAUCUUAUUCAAACCAUUGCUGCCUCAAUCAAAACCCAUAACUAUCAUACCAAAGCCUACAUCAACCAAAGAUACGCGAGUGUUUUGUAAACGAAACCAAAAAAAAUCCGAAGCGCGAUCGUGUCGAGCCAAAAUGUCAUUCGAGCGCCUCAUCAGCACACACCAACUCAAACAUACACACACACUCUCUCUCUUUUUAUUUUCUCACUCUCUUCACAGAGUGAACAUACAAAAAAUAUAUUGAUAUAUUAUGUAAUUCACAAUAUUCUCUUUAAUCUUGACCAUUACUCUUUUUUUAUUUCAAAGCCAACGUAUAUCGGUUAUUUUUCUUUCUUUUUUUUUCUUUUUUAUUGAAUGUAAUUCAUAUUAAUUUUGUUUCG